GGUUUCCUUUGUCAGAAAGCGUCUGACGUUCAAGCAGUAGCGACGAUCGCCGUUUGCUGGAAGAGACAAAAAUGCAACGGCGUAACCUCUUUCGAAAGUUAUAUUUUUCGGAUAAAAUCUUCAAAUUAAAACGCUUGGACGUGUUACUUGCGGCACUGGAACUUAAUCACAAAUUAGACUUUUAAAAACAGUUACUAAUGAAUUUUAAACUUACAUAUCAGCACGCUGAGUCGUGUCGUGUCGUGCAUAUAGCAUCGUCAGUUUUCACCGUAACGAAACAACAAAGUGAAAAGUUAAUAGGAAGUUUACUUUAAAUUACUUCAAAAAUUUUAAAUUUUCCUCUCUUUAAGUUUUUGUUUUUCACUUUUUCAAGCCUUCGUUUAAAUGAUCGCCGAAAAUCAGUCACUAAAUGUACUAUCUCUACAAUAUAUCAAAAUAUAAUUACGACAUUAACCACCUAAUGGAGAUUUCUAGUGCUUACAGUGAGAACUUUAUAGUAAACAGCAGUAGUGAUAAUAAUACAAACCACAAAGCAUGUUCGAUAGAAAAUAAAAUUAACUUUUCUUACGCAUGUUCGAUGUUUUGGAAUAAAACCACGUCUGUUUAUGACGAGACUGUUGAGAAUUCAAGUGCAGACAGUCUGGAAGACAAGGUUUAUUUAAACUUGGGUCUGGCAGUACCGAUGGGGAUUGCCAUGUACAUGCUUAGUCUUGUGACAGUUGUGGGUAACGCCAUGGUACUUCACGCCAUUAGAACCGAGCGACGUCUUCAAACUGUGUCUAAUAUGUUCAUCAUGAGUCUGGCCGCUGCUGACAUAACAGUUGGAGGCAUCGUUAUGCCCAUUAGCUCCGUGUAUGCGCUCACCGGUCAAUGGGUGCUCGGUCUCCCAGUGUGCCAGUUCUGGUUGUCGGCAGACUACACAGCAUCCACAGCGUCAAUCUUGAACCUGUUCAUCCUGAGCAUGGACCGGUACUGGUCCAUCACGUCUCCACUGCGGUAUUUGAGGCGUCGCACUAAAAAAAGAGCUCUAAUCAUGAUUGGCUUGGUGUGGGUCGGGUCAGCUCUUUGGAUCUUACCAAUAAUCGGUUGGCAUUACAUCGAGUCGGGAGGAGAACGCAUGUAUCCCUCCACCGUGUGCGAAACAGAAUUUGCAAGUAAUGUUGCCUUCAAAGUGACUGCUGCUUGCCUCAACUUCUAUAUCCCCACAUUAUUCAUGGUAUAUUUAUAUGGACGUAUAUUCUUCGAGAUUAAGAAACGAAGUCGCUUCGAUCUAGGACAGUGCAACCACAGCAGUAGACUAGAACUUGGCGCCAGUGCCGUAUGGGGCACUGAUUCAAUUGCCGAAGAUCAACCUCCAAACCAUUUAAGCUCGAAGUCUACAACAUUUACAAAGAAAGACGUCAUGGCCGGAGAGACGCAUCAGUUCCGUAACCUGACUGUGUUCUCAUACAAACUUGAAGGCACUCAAAGCCAAGGACUCGUCCAUUUCGAAGGAGUUACUGUCAACGUGGAAUAUGUAGAACUUGCUACAGCACCAACAGAUGUCAAACAGAAAACUGGGAAGCAAAUUCGCGAGAAUUCUGCCGGCAGCCAAUAUCGACGCACGUUCGUGCACAAGAACGCAGCCAAAAGACGCAGUAACGAUUCCGAUUCCACAAUUUUGCAGAAGGAAAAGAAAGCAGCUCUUCAACUGGGAGUGAUCAUGAGCGCGUUCAUUCUCUGUUGGCUACCUUACUUUGUCUUGUUCAUGGUUAUAGCUUUCUGUAGUGACUGUGUAAAUCCUAUCGUCCACACUGCUACAAUAUGGCUUGGAUACAUCAACUCCACACUGAACCCAAUUCUGUACCCUCUUUGUAACACAAACUUUAAAAGAGCCUUUAAGAAAAUGCUAGGAUUUGGCAGCAAGGAUCCAAAUGGCCUGAUAUCAAUGGCGAGCCGGGUAGGAGCCAGACAGUCAAACCAAUUACAACGAACAUUAAAUAAUGAUCAAUAUCUUCACUAUCGUUAACAAAUCAAUCAAUAGCUGUUACAUUUUAAAAAUGUCAGCGAUCUAGUGUGCAAAUAAUGAAGUACAAGAAAAUUGCGGGAAUAAUAUUGUUUAAAUAAAAACAAAUCAUGGAGUUUCAUCACAAACGAUGGACGAAUGAACAGGAAAAGAGAGAUAUGGUAACUGUGGACCAAAUCUGAUAUGUACCCUAAGGUAUGAUAACUGCGGACCAAAAUCGAUCAUAUAAAUUAUAUGACAACAGAACUACAUACUAUUACAAACAGCCUCUAUCUGUGAUCAUUCAGCCCAUUUGGAAAGACGAAAACUGACAGACACCUAAACUAGGGUUAAACUUAUUUAUUGAAAUAUAGACGACAAAAUGUAUCGUAUUUAAUAUUAAUAAAUGUAUUAAUAACGUA